GCGCGCGAGUGACAAAGAGAAAGAGAGAGAGCAGGAAAGCUGUAGAAGGAGAUGCUGUUUCUUGUUUUCCUGUGGGUGUACUGCAGUAACUCAGUAAUCCUCAUUAAUAUUUAUCUGCCGGGCAAAGUGGAGAGAAUGAUUAGCUCGUGAGAGAGUUUGAGAGUGUUCAUGUGCAUGUUAUCUGUGAAAUCCACCCCACCCCUUCCCCUUUUGUGCAUGUGUGUGUGUGUGUACAUGGAUGUAUUAUAAUAGCGAAUAAAACACAAGAACUAGGUCAACUUCUUCACUCGAGAGACAAACAACUCCCAAUACUUCAAAGUCUAAAUGUCACUGAGUGUGUUAUUCAUUGCUCACAUGACUUUUUGUGACACACACAUGCACACACUUCCUCCCAAAGACACAGCUGUGCACGAUGCCAUUGAUUUUCCUACUUGCACUUCUAACACAAUCACAUUAAACCAGACUGAUUGGAAUUGAGUUUCAGACAGGCUCUGUGUCACUUACAAUCUUCCCGUCUGUGACAGCGGCGGUGGCGUCUGCGUGGGUUAAAAACGAACCUGUGACGGAAAUAAAAGCCAAACGAGCUAAAAACCUGAGGUUGUUGUCACGUUUAAAAGAAGCACCUUUUCCAGGGACUUUAUCCAGCCUCAGCUGAGAAUGCUCUCCAUGUGUGACCCAUUUCCCUCCACUGCUCUCCUCCCUUCUCCCCGUCUGACUUGCCACGCACUCCGGCAUAACACGCCUGAGUGAAGAUCAGAGAGCAGGAGGAAGAUGGUGAGAUAGAGAGAUGAGAGGGAGAGAUUAAAGAGGCACAGGAGAAAGUCAGAUUACAGAGCGAGAGUUUUCUCCUUUGGUUCUUUCUCCUGUUUGGGUCAGAACUCUGUGCAGUGCUUUGGUCGGCUGACGUGCUGUUUUUAAAUGUGCAAUAUAAAUAAAAUUGGAUUGGAUUGGAUGGAUUGGAACUGUUCCGACUAAAUGUUGUUUUCCUCCAUCUACCAUGAAGCUGAAUGUAAAACUCUUCUGAGUUAAACUCCUAAGUCCCGUUACCGUGGUAAUAGCCGGCCAGUUGACGCUCAGGUCUGGUCUGUUUCAAUCACACGGCUGGUUUGACCUUUCCCAGGAUUCAGAGGGGCAUUGCAAACACGUAAUCAUGGGAAAAGUGCACUGUCAUGCCUAACCUCUCGCCUCCCUCCUAACCACGGCAAAUAUUUACACCCCACUAUAAAUUACAGUGGCUGAGGGGUUGAGCAUCUUCAGUCAAGCCCCCGUUCCAUUUUGGAAAAUUCACACCAGAGGAUGAGUACAUUCCUCGUGGGUUUCUCAGGACACCAGUGAGAGCACAAUGUCUUUCCCAGAGAGAGAGAGAACAACCUUAUAAGUUCAUUUUAGUUGUUUUAUAAAAGAUGUUUAUGAAAAAAAAUGUGUAUUUCUUCCUUGCUGUAAAAUCACACAUAUUUUUAUAAAUAAAUAUUCAAAAGUUAGGAAAUUUUAGCUGUUGCUCUUGAUUUUAAGUGUAAGUAGAAUGAUUAUGGACCUUUUUAGAACACUUUAUCUCAGACAGAGUCCCAGUUAUUGCAUUGAUAAACCUCUCAGUGACUUAGAAGGUCUCUAAAAUCCAGUUUCAACCCACCACGCUCACUGGGCUUUGAGAAAGGUUGGAGAAUCACGGUACCGUGCAGAUUUAUUGAUUUUCUGAUAAAGGCUAUAAUAAAAGAUUUAGCAGAAAAUGACAACAAAGAUAAACAUUUGUCUCCUUUUUUCAUUUUAAAAAUUGCAGGUGACAUUUAACAAAGUCCCCUCAAAUUCCAUUUAAAAAUGAAAGUCUACUUCCAGGAAAAGCUAGCUUUUAACUUUUUUUUCAUUUGUAAAAAAAACCCAGCAUUCAUCGUUCAGGGCAUUUUGUUAAGGCUGUGUUUACAACAGACUGAAAUAACAGACACUGAAGGUUGGGCGAAUGGGGUUUGUGUUGCCUCCAUGUGGCCAUUGUUGUAAAUGAGUUCAUGUCAGCACGUGCAAGAUUGUGGAUUUCUGUCUCAAAAUUAAAAUCUACAGUUAAUGUAAUCAUUUGCUUUUUUUCACCUUAUGGAUGAAAAAGUAAAAUCAGUUGAGUUUAAAUGCUUUUUUUUUCCUGGGACAGUUGAGCCUGGGAAUGUCGGCUAAAAGGAAAAAUGUGAACUUAAAAAAAACAUUUUGGCUAAAAUCCCAACACUGCCGUCCCUUUGGGACCAGAUGGAACAGUUUGUUUUCAGUUUCUGUAAUUCAGUCUUAUUAUAAACACACAAAUGUGCAUUCUUUUCUAAAUGUUUUCCCUGCAUGGUUUGUACCCUUCUAACAAACUAACAGUCUGAGCAGGUGAGUGAGAUGUUCAGUCUGCAAGCACAUCCCUUUCUCCUGGAAAUCUAACGCCGAGAGAGGGAAAGCGAUCGCGGUUCAGAGAAUGAGAGUGCGUGUCGCUUUAAAACCAAGUGCCGGUCAGAAAACCGAGCGACUGGCUGCAUUUCCUUAGUGGGAAUGUUUGUGUUUGUGGCGCUCAGGCCAGCAGAUGGAGGCUGAAUUACUUCAGUGUGAAAAGAGCAGAAUGGACUAAAAGAGGAGGAAAAGAAGAGAGAAAGUCAGCAGUGUCCAUCAGUUGUGUGAGACGGAGGAAUGAGUUUGACCUUGAGGAGGCAUCGGACUGGUGAAUUCCAGAGAGACGGGACAGAGAGCUUGCUCAUUACCUCCAGGAAUAACCUGAAUACUAUCUCCUGGAGCUAAGUGGACGAUAACAGCUAAUCUGAGUACUUAUUUCAUUACCUGGACUUCUGUGGAUUCUUCUCCUGUGGGGUUCACCUGUAACAAUAAAAGUCUGGAAGACAAAAGCACACUAAUGGAGGCGGUUUUGUUGGGUCUUGAUGAGGUGGUUUGUACUCAGAGGAGUCUGCUGUGGACCCUCAGCUCCACCGCCAUUCGACGGCUUUGCGUACACGCCAGGAACAUCCCUGGGCCUAUGCAUCUUUUGCACACUCACAGGUGUGUGUCAAGGCCUCUAUACCAGAUGACAGAAGGGAGGCGAUGUCAGGUCCACCUCCUGGACGACAGGAAGCUGGAGCUCCUUGUUCAGCCCAAACUGAUGGCUAAGGACUUGCUGGACCUUGUGGCCUCCCACUUCAACCUCAAGGAGAAGGAGUACUUUGGAAUUGCAUACACAGAUGAAACGAGCCACUUCAGUUGGCUUCAGCUGGACCGCAGAGUAUUAGAGCAUGAAUUCCCUAAGAAGUCUGGGCCUAUUGUCCUCUACUUCUGUGUUAGAUUCUACAUUGAAAGUAUAUCCUACCUAAAGGACAACGCAACCAUAGAGCUGUUCUUUCUUAACGCCAAGUCCAUCAUAUACAAGGAGCUCAUUGAGGUAGACAGCGAGGUUGUUUUUGAACUGGCCUCCUUUAUCCUACAAGAGGCUAAAGGUGAUUUUAGCAGCGAUGAUGCAACCAGGUCAGAUCUGAAAAAGCUGCCUGCGCUGCCCACACAGGCUUUGAAGGAGCACCCAUCUUUGGCCUACUGUGAAGAGCGAGUCAUAGAGCAUUUCAAGAAGCUCAGUGGGCAGUCCAGAGGGCAGGCUAUCAUAAAUUAUAUGAGCAUUGUAGAGUCUCUGCCCACAUAUGGAGUGCAUUACUAUGCUGUAAAGGACAAGCAGGGGAUCCCGUGGUGGUUGGGUCUGAGCUAUAAAGGCAUCUUUCAGUAUGAUUACCAGGACAAAGUAAAACCCAGAAAGGUGUUUCAAUGGCGUCAGCUGGAGAACCUUUACUUCAGAGAGAAGAAGUUUUCAGUGGAAGUUCAUGACCCUAGGAGGGCGUCGGUAACGAGAAGGACGUUUGGCCACAGCGGCAUCGCUGUGCACACCUGGUACGCCUGUCCCGCCCUCAUCAAGUCCAUCUGGGCCAUGGCAAUCAGCCAGCAUCAGUUCUACCUGGAUCGCAAGCAGAGCAAAUCAAAAAUCCACGCAGCGAGGAGUUUGAGUGAGAUUGCGAUCGAUCUCACAGAAACGGGAACGUUGAAGACGUCCAAACUGGCCAACAUGGGCAGCAAGGGGAAGAUUAUCAGUGGCAGCAGUGGGAGCCUACUGUCCUCAGGCUCUCAGGAAUCAGACAGCUCCCAAACAGCUAAGAAGGACAUGUUGGCAGCACUGAGGGCCAGGCAGGAAGCUCUGGAGGAGACGCUGAGACAGAGAUUAGAGGAACUCAAGAGCAUCUGCAUUAGGGAGGCGGAACUAACCGGAAAGCUUCCAAAGGAAUAUCCUCUGGAUCCGGGAGAAGAGCCACCCACAGUGAGGCGGAAGAUUGGCACCGCCUUCAAACUGGAUGAGCAAAAAAUUGCUCCUAAGGGGGAGGAAGAGGAGCUUGAGCGUCUAGAGCGAGAGUUUGCCAUUCAGUCCCAGAUCACCGAGGCGGCCAGGCGCCUUGCUAGCGACCCUCACGUCAGCAGCAAGAAGCUGAAGAAGCAGAGAAAGACGUCUUAUCUGAAUGCACUGAAGAAGCUCCAGGAAAUUGAGAACUCUAUCAACGAGUAUCGGGUCCGCUCGGGCAAGAAACCGACGCAGAGGGCAUCGCUCAUCAUUGAGGGUAUCGCUGUGUUUUUUACACUUUACGAUUCUGUACGAGCUGGAAUUCUUAUUUCUGUUUUCUUUCAUUCAGAAGCCAACAUUUGCUCUGAGGACAGCUCAUUAUCCGAUGCACUGGUUUUAGAUGAUGAUGAUCCUCAAGUUACAGGCACCCCGACCUUCUCUCCUGUAGCAUCGCCUCAUAAGGGCCUUCCCCCACGCCCGCCCUCUCACAGCCGGCCUCCUCCCCCUCAGUCGCUGGACGGCCUGCGACACAUGCACAACUCACGCUCCGACUACGAUAAGUCUCCCAUCAAACCCAAAAUGUGGAGCGAGUCGUCGCUAGAUGAGCCGUACGAAAAAGUGAAGAAACGCUCGUCUCACUCCAGUCACAGGCGUUUUCCAAGUUCUGGCAGUGCUGAAGCAGGGGGUAGUAACUCUCUUCAGAGCAGUCCCAACAGGAACACGCCUCACUGGAAUGCUCAGUCCAGCGUGCCGUCGACUCCUGACCUGAGAACAAGAACGCCGCACUACGUACAUUCCACCAGGUCGGUGGACAUCAGUCCCACACGUCUGCACAGCCUCUCUCAGCACUUUAGGAACCGCAGCUCCAGCCUUGAGUCUCAGGGCAAACUGCUGGCGUCUGAUCCCGACGCACACCCGCACACUCUGGGCAGUCCGGACUUCUUCCUCGGCCCGGGUCAAGGCUUCAACGGCUCCGAUCCUCUGGAUGAUUGUUCAUCCUGCACCAGCCAAAGCAGCUCGGAGCAUUACUGCCCACCCGGCGGACCCCCCGGCAGCAACCCCAACUACUCCACUCUGGGAGAGGACUCGCCCUCUAAAGCAAGGCAGAGGCAGCGGCAAAGGCACAGAUCUGCAGGCAACUUGGGUUCCUCCAACUCCGGCUCCAUGCCAAACCUGGCAGCUAAAAAUGGCUCUGUUGGAGGCUCAGGUGGAGGUGGGAUGGGAGGCGGUCACCACGGAGUCUACCUACACAGUCAGAGCCAGCCCUCCUCCCAGUACCGCAUCAAAGAAUACCCUCUGUAUGUUGAAGGCAGCACCAACGCUGUGGUGGUGCGCAGCCUGGAGAGCGACCAGGAGGGCCACUACAGUGUUAAGGCCCAGUUCAAGACCUCCAGCUCCUACACGGCCGGGGGACUCUACAAGGAGGCCUGGGGUGGAGAGGAGGGAGGAGAGGGAAGUGGCCGGCUCACGCCGUCGCGGUCUCAGAUAGUACGGACUCCAUCGUUGGGGAGGGAUGGUGGCGGAGGUGGGGGGAGGGCAGCGGUGUCUGAAGAGCUGCGGUGUUGGUACCAGAGAUCUUCGGGGAGCAUCAAGGAGAGGAGUCACUCAAAUUCAGGAUCUACAUCUUCUGAGACUGGGUCACAGCAAGGCACUCUGGGACACGGACGAGGGAGCAGAGUAGGGACACUCGCCAAGGGCUCACCAGCUGCGUCCCCUCACAGCCAGAGAAGUCUGACGCCCUCCAGCGAGCACCUGGCCACGCCCACACCUCCCUGCAGCCCCCAGCACAUCCUCAACUGGAAGAGCGGAGACACAGGAGACAGCUCUCCUGCUGAGGACGUCUGUCAGCCCAGCUCUGAUGCAUAGAGGUCUUUCGGUGACAGCUGUUUUCUUAGCAGCCCCUUGUGUUCGGAGCUGGCUGAUGUACAGUGGUACGCGAAAGACAAGGCCAAGCCUGGGACGCUGGUCUGAGACCGUCCUGCAGGGCCUGGAAACAUCCCAUCCUCCUCCCCUUUCCGCCUCCUCUGUGUUCGUCACGACGACCCAUCAGCAACCAACAACCUCAUCCCCAAAGUCCCCACCAAAACUCAUGACCCUCCUUAAAUGUUACCGCCUCGUUGUGGACGCCAACCGUCUAUCACAGCUCAGCCAGACAGGGACGCACUCGCUGGGCUUUGGUAAGGGCUGAUUUUGCAGGACAGAUUGAGACGGACGGCUGAGUCCUUUUCUUCAGUCACCGUCUGGAGCACUCAAGCAAUGGGCCGAGAGGACAAGAGCAAGUGAGAAACGAGCACAGAAGAGAAAUCAGACAUGCCAGUCAGCAAACCCAACAUCAGCUGGUCCAGGAUCUGUUCCACAUUGCAUCCUGUUAUCGCUCCGAUCCACCGCCACCCAGCCGGAGACUUCAUGCUGGAUUCCAGUUACUGGUUUUAAACAGUUUCACUUUAGGUCUAAAAUGUUAUACUUAACAUUCAUAUUCUUAUUUUUAAUUCAUUUAAUCAUAAUUUAAAAAGAGACAAUUUGAGAUUGAAUCCAUCUCUUGAGUCAACAUCUGGAUUAAAGGGACACUAUGCAGUUUAGGCUUGCUUUUAGCACCCCCUAGUGUCCCCUAGUGAAACCAAAAGUGAAACUUAUCUCCUCGCUGUGCGUUUGUCUUUUUAACGCCUUAAUCUAACAGCUGAAAUGUCUCCCCAGCCUCUCUUAGUGUCUCCAGAAGUGAUUCAUCACUAAAUCAAACAAAUCAGCUGUGUUCAUGAUCUAAAACAUGCAGGAAACGUGCUGGAAGCAAACUCCAGUGCCAGGCAUGUCAGCUCCUCUUUACUAAGUCCAACAGGGGCCGGCACUCUGAAGUUGCAAGUGUGAUAUUCUGCCCACAGAGGGGAGUUGGGGUUUGAAUAACAUUUCAUUAACCCUGUAAAGGGUCAUUUUAGCACAUACUGGCUCAAGAAGACAAUUUAAAAAUAUGAAAAAGUUGCAUAAUAUGCUUUUAACUGGUCGCAUCAUGAUUCCUGAGCCGAAUUCAGCAGCAGCAGCACCAGGAUGCUCUCUGGAAUGUUCUCUGGCUUACAGAUGAGGACUAAAGCAAUAAAGAACACUGUACAAGUCAGCAAACUGGUCACCGUGAAACUAAAACAGAUAUCUCCCAGGUUCCCUGUUCUGUGGCACCCACAGUGAAGGAUCCUUUGAACAUCACAGGCUGAAGUCAGUGUUGAGUUUUCAGAUUAGGCAUAAAUAUGUGCUUCUUUUUUCAGCCUUGCAGAGAUUUCUCUGUCUGCUGGCCACGUCAGCGAUUAAACAGGGCCGUUGGGUGUUUUUUCUGACCACAUAAAGUCAGAUAUAUUUUGCUUCAGACUGUGAUUUCAACAAAGAAAAUAUAUAUUUUGAAUUAAUCCCAUCACGUUUUAUUGUUUUUUUAGCCCUGGCAGUAAAAUAUUACAGGUAAAAUGUGUUGGCAGACAAAGCUGCUCCAUCGCUGGGCAACUGUGGUGAAGAGUAUGUAGUGUGAGGCUGAGUCUUGGCUCCAGACCUGUCAGUCCCUUUCUAGCACUGUGUGUUCUCACCUCAUGAGCGAGACGGGGGGAGGGGGGCUGUGACAGAAAUGAUUAGCCCCACACAUCUUGGUGCUUUGCAUUUGUACUGUAAUUGACCUAAUUCAGGCAUUUGUGCUCCUAAUCCCGACUGUACAAAGCCAUUCUACGAGACAGCAGCCAGGAGACGCGUUUGCUUUAGUUGCCAUCAUCAGAUGGGUUUAUUUAUAACAUCCUGUGGUGUGAAAGCACAACAUUUACAGUGUAUUUGAGGGCUGGACCUGCACUUACUGUUUUCUCAUAUCAAAUGUCUGAUAAUUUUUUCUCUUUGUCAUGGUCAGGUUGAUAUUAGAAGUAUUGCUGUCAGGGCAGGAAAGAUAAUUUAACCAUGAAUGGGUUAGAAAAAUUAAAUCUUCUGUUAAUCCAGACCAGGGUUAAGAAAGCACACCUUUUUAUAUGUAAAUUAGCUGCUUUAUUUUGCAUUUGUCCCAUUAAAACAGCAUUAUAUUGUUUAACAGUUUAUUUUAAUUGGGUAAAAAUGGGUCUUACAGCCUGAUUAAGAUGGUAUGAAUCUCACCCUGCCCUCCAUAAUGCCGUUUUCUUCCCGUACAUGACAUUUUUUCAUGAAGAAGGUGUAGUCUUGGUUGCAUUUUUGCUUUUCUGGGUCUUUCAUCCUUUAUUUGUAAGCUUUAACAAGUUCUUAUGCAAGACUGGAACCAGUAACCGCUGGUUGUUUAUCAUAUAGAAAUUCCUUUCGACGCAAUCUGAUGGAUGCUUUGCAGAUCCUCUGACAAAUGACUCCAAAGACAGCACAGUGCCCAGCGUUUCCUCACUGAAAUCACUCCCGUCUCGAUCUUAUUAUGAUCUCUGACCUCUGAGCCCAUCGUGCACAACUGUGACAUCCCUCUGUAGUCCUACACGACACUUUUCCUUCUCCAAACUCAUGAGGUCUUUUUUUGUGACUUCUUUAUAAGGGAGGUAACUGUUAUAUCAUUCUUUUCCUGUAUUUACAGAGAAGCACUGUUAGGCUGUUGUGGAGAUUUUAACACCUGCAUUCAUCGUUUUAACAUUGUUGCAUUUUAUACGGACCAGUAUUGUUUCCUUUCCUUUUCCACCAUCAACGACCCUUUCAGGUGCUACGAAAUGACCAGUUACUGCAUCAUCAUGUAGAAUCUAGACCUUUUUCAUUCUUACCAAUAGAUUCAAUACCAGAUGUGGAUAAAUGAAGCUUCUUUUAACGGACGGAUAGUAGAUCACCUCCUCAACCAGACAGUAGAGCAUGUAACUUUGGUUCCCUCCAGCUGUAACUAAAAUAUUAAAUGCGUUGUAGAAAAAAAAUGUGGAGUGGAUUGAAAACAAUCUUGAAUUCCACAGUUAAUUUAUUCUUUUUUCUAUUAAGAAUUUGUAUAGUAACUUUACAUUUUGCAAAACUGUGUUGUUGGAAAUUAAUGAUGCAUUUUCAAGAUGAGAAGCCGUGGUGGUUCUUGAGAGUAAGAAAAUAAAUUAUUGAUGAAUGUUCUCAA